ACAGCUUGAAACUUUAUGCAGAAGAAAAAUGCUGCUUUUCCUUUAUUUUUGUAGUAGUUUACAUUUACGUGGCCACUUAAGCCUGCUGCAUCAUCAGUGGUGAGGGAAACAGGGCAAGGAGAUCUUUGUCAAGUUUUUAAAAGAAUGGGAAAUAGAAGUGCUUAUCAUUUUUCAGCACAAGGUCCAAAAAAUUUCAUUGUUGUUUCAAAUGAUAAAAGAAAAAUAAGAAAAUCCAGUUUGAGAGUCAUAAACAUCUAAUCAUAUAUACAUUGGAGAUCCAGAUUAUGUAGUGUUUUCAAAGAUGAUGCCACAUCAUUCUGUGAUUGGAAGGAAGUUUAUGAAUUAUGUUGGAAGCAGAUUAACUGCAGGAUAGCAGGAAUCACCCACAGAUUUAAGUUGUGAAUGUUUGGGUCAUUUAGCCCAUACCCUCAGGAGAGCUCUUCUGUGGUAUUAAGGUAGAAAUACUCUGAUAACAAAUGGGAAUAAUAGCUAAUUUUUAUAAUAGGACAACCAUAUAUUAAAAACAUUCCAAUGUUUGAAUAUUCUUGUUUCAGAAAAUUGUCCAUCCUUGCUCUGUCAAGUUUUUAAGAUGAAUUAUUUACAUUUGUUUACUUGUGUAGUAACCAAACUUUGCACCCUCGAUAAUCUGUAUGUUAUUCCCUGAUAACCAGAAACUUCUAUGCUCAAACUCUGUUCACUAUUUUUUUUUUAACAUCAUCUUAAUAAAAUUCUGCACAAUGGAAAUAUCCCUUGAACUAAGUAUUCCAGUAAUUGGUUGGCCUACAAUUGCCUCAUCUAUAUUACUCUGAAUAGCAGUCACCACUCCUUCACCACACAUGGCUCUUUUUUGUUUAUGGAGAAAUGAGAGGUUUCAAUCACCUUUCAUUUUCUUUUUGCCAGGUCAAAUUGAGUGACAAUAGUAUCAUGUUACAUAACCACUCUUCCCUCAGGUGUUUUGUCUGCAUAUGCAAGUUGUCAAACAGAGAAAGUUCUUUCUCAUUCUCACAAGUAGAGUGUGAGUGAAUGAUAGAGAGAGAGAGAGAGCAUCUGACAGUGCGGAAAGUUGUCAGAUGCCUGGAGCUUGCCAUUUCUCUAUUACAGAAACAGAGUAAUAGUAGGAUUCUUGAAAGUCACUUGCCCCUAUGACUCUUUCUGGAACUGCAGUUUACAUUGAAGCAGCUGCCUGCUCUGCCUAGCAAUGCUCAGCACAGCCACCUAAGAACAGGUGCAGUAGUAGGAACAGCUUCUCUUCAGGGAUAACCACUUGCCUACUACAGACUUGCAACAUUACUCUAGACAAUGAAGCAGGAAAGAUCAACCACAUGAUGGGGAUGUUGCAGGUAUGGACGCAGUGAGAUGGGACAAAGUAAAGGGAACAGACAAAAAGAGAUGGAGGGAUCCAUGACCAAGAAGAAAAUAUGCUAUUUUUUUAGGUUGUGGCAAUUUUAUUUGAUCAUAUCUUAUUUCCUUGGCAGAGAAGGGCAUAUCGAAAGGAGGGUAAAAGUAGACUUGCAUGUAUCCUUGCCUCACCGCUACCCUCAUUCAGCACCGCAACUAUCUGCAAGAUCAAAUGCACUAGACAGACAGAAUCAACUGCAGCUCAAUAAACAUCUCACUUCUCACAUCAGUUCUUUGGAUUUAGGUGAACUGUGUGUAUGUGCGGCGGUGCAGUGGGUACGAGACAACAGUGCAUCUUAUUUCCAGAACAGUAACGUCUCUUCUGAAACUGCUCCAAAAGAAAAGGCAGUAAAAAUAAUUUUUCAUCGAAUGUGGAUCUAUAGCCAUCAUAUAUAUAGACAGGAACUGAAAAAGAAAAUCUUUGAUUGCGCAAAGCAAUUAAAUUUGACUGGUUUCUGCCUAACAGGGAAACCUGGUAUCAUCUGUGUGGAAGGGCUCAAAGAAAACUGUGAGGAGUUCUGGCAUGUUAUUAGAUAUCCUAACUGGAAACACAUUUCCUGCAAACAUGUUGAGAGUAUGGAAACUGAAGGAAAUGGGGAUAAGCUUAAUCUCUUUCAUACUUUUGAAGAUUUACAGUUCCAGGCACAUGGUGAUUAUGGACUGAGGAAUGACUAUCACAUGGAUCUUGGCCAAUUCUUAGAAUUCCUUAAACAGCAUCAAAGUGGACAUAUUUUUCAAUUAUUAUUUGGUGUUGAAGGCAAACAUUCAGACAAUUAACAGAUCAAUUGUAUAACUAGUUUUAAUUUUGCACAAUGUUACAAAUGAUUUUUUUUUUAAGUUCAUCCAUGGAUAUACGAUUAAAAACUGAGUGAAAUUGGUAUACUGUGCUUAUAGCUAUUAUAAUAAGGGAAACUAUGUAAAGUAAGAAAAUCAUGGUGCAAGGAUAGACCCUUUGCUUUUGUUUUAAAUACAUCAUAAGUAAGAUCCUUCGUUUUCAGUUUAAAGCAAUUUUUACUGGAAAAAAACUGGGUUUUAAAAGCAUUACUUGUUUUUUUCUGAUUUUUGACCUACUUUUGUAUCAUUCAAAUAUAUAAAAAAUAACUUGUUUUAUUAGGAAAAUACAAUACAUUGCAUGAGAUAUGUAUUACAGUAAUACAUUAGUCUGUGUGUAUAUGCAAAGCUGCCUGUUAAAGUAAGGCGAUGUAUUAGUGUAGAAGAUACACACACAAUAAACAAACAGGCAUGCACGCAAGCUCUGAAGUGCAUGCGCAUCUGAACGUACUGAUGAAUCUCACACCCGCCACGUACACAUUUCAAGUUGUUAGCAGAUAACGGUUGAAAAAUUUAACACUAAAAUCUGUAUCAGAAUAUGUUUCAGCACACAAGGAAGUAAUCAAAAGUUUUAAAAAAUCAGAACAGGAGAAAAGGAUGAAGUUUAGUGUAUGCGCUGCAAAUGGUGUGGCC